UCAAAGUUUACCCAUUGACUGAAGCAUGGGAUUGGCCGACUGUUAUUGUUAAGAAACCUAAUUGGACAGACGGACACACGCCUUUUGUCAACCUGAAAGAGCACAAAAGACGACAAGGUGAUCAAUGUGUGUCUGACGGAACUGACAGUAAGCAUGCUGACUGCACAGAGGGCAUGUGCAGUGCUAGCAGCCAGGCGCCUGGCUACAGCUUCUGCCUCCUCAGCCCACACACACCGCUCUCAGAUCCACACUUCCAUUCCACGGCAGGACCAGGUUGAGCUGCAUCCUGAAUGGGCCGGUCUGGCUAAGAAACAGCUUAAAGGGAAGAACCCAGAAGAUCUGAUCUGGCGCACGCCGGAGGGAAUAAACAUCAAGCCUGUGUACACCAAAGCAGACUCAAGUGGCAGUGUCGAUGAACUGCCAGGAGUGUUUCCCUAUACUAGAGGGCCCUAUCCUACCAUGUACACUUACAGACCGUGGACUAUCAGGCAGUAUGCUGGCUUUAGCACUGUGGAGGAGAGCAACAAGUUCUAUAAAGAUAAUAUUAAAGCUGGACAGCAGGGUCUUUCCGUGGCUUUUGACCUCCCGACGCACCGUGGUUAUGACUCAGACAAUCCCCGAGUCCAUGGAGAUGUUGGCAUGGCCGGAGUCGCCAUAGACACAGUUGAGGACAUGAAAAUGCUCUUUGAUGGAAUCCCACUGGAGAAGAUGUCUGUUUCAAUGACAAUGAAUGGAGCAGUUAUCCCUGUACUGGCUAUGUUUAUUGUGACCGGAGAGGAGCAGGGUGUGCCCAAAGCCAAACUAACAGAACCUUCUAUGCACGCCAUUGCAGACAUCUUCGCUUACACCUCCAAGCACAUGCCCAAGUUCAACUCGAUAUCCAUCAGUGGAUACCAUCUUCAGGAGGCUGGAGCUGAUGCCAUUUUGGAAAUGGCCUACACCAUUGCUAAUGGUCUCGAGUACUGCCGCACUGGUCUGAAAGCAGGCUUAACCAUCGAUGAGUUUGCCCCAAGGUUGUCAUUCUUUUGGGGUAUUGGGAUGAAUUUCUACAUGGAAAUUGCCAAGCUGAGGGCAGCCAGGAGGUUAUGGGCCACGCUCAUUAAAGACAAUUUCCAGCCCAAGAAUGCAAAGUCUCUCCUUCUCCGCACACACUGCCAGACUUCAGGCUGGUCUCUCACUGAACAAGAUCCAUACAACAAUGUGAUCCGAACGGUGAUUGAAGCCAUGGCAGCUGUGUUUGGGGGAACCCAGUCACUCCACACCAACUCAUUCGAUGAGGCUCUGGGCUUGCCCACAGUGAAGAGCGCUCGCAUUGCCAGGAACACGCAGAUCAUCAUCCAGGAGGAGUCGGGCAUCCCCAAAGUCGCUGAUCCCUGGGGGGGCUCGCACAUGAUGGAGUCUCUCACGGAUGAUGUCUACAACACAGCCCUGAAGUUCAUUAAAGACAUUGAAGAGAUGGGAGGCAUGGCCAGAGCUGUGGCAGAGGGCAUUCCAAAACUUCGCAUUGAGGAAUGUGCAGCACGUAGACAGGCCCGCAUUGACUCAGGUUCAGAAGUCAUUGUUGGGGUGAACAAGUACCGUCUGGAAAAAGAGGAGAGUGUAGAGGUGCUAGCCAUAGAUAACACUGUUGUACGUCAGAAACAGAUUGAAAAACUGAAAAAGGUGAGGGAAAGUCGUGACCCAGUGGCAGCCAAAAAGUGCCUGGCAGCCAUUGAGGAGUGUGCCAAAACCAGGGAGGGUAACCUUCUAGCCCUGGCUGUGGAAGCAGCUCGAGCCAGAUGCUCUGUUGGUGAAAUUACUGAUGCCAUGAAGAAAGUUUUUGGCGAACACAAGGCUAGCACCAAGAUGGUGAGCGGGGCUUACCGCAGCGAGUUUGGGGAGCAUGAAGAGAUUGCCCAGGCUCACAAUAGAGUUGCAGAUUUUAAUAAGCAUGAGGGCAGAAACCCUCGACUGCUGGUGGCAAAGAUGGGGCAGGAUGGUCACGACAGAGGAGCAAAAGUCAUUGCCACAGGGUUUGCUGACCUGGGCUUUGAUGUGGACAUCGGACCACUGUUUCAGACUCCCCUUGAAGUUGCCCAGCAGGCAGUCGAUGCAGAUGUUCACUGUGUCGGGGUCAGCACACUUGCUGCAGGACACAAGUCCCUAGUCCCGGAGCUCAUCAAGGAACUACGGAAGCUCAACAGGCCAGAUAUUCUUGUCAUCUGUGGAGGUGUCAUCCCACCACAGGACUAUGAGUUCUUGUACCAGAGCGGUGUGUGUGCCAUCUUUGGUCCAGGGACCAGGAUCCCACAAGCUGCAGUGGAGGUUAUUGACAACAUUGAGAAGAGUCUGGAAAACAUCCGGCAGGCCAUGUGAAUUCUUUUGGGGGGGGAUAAAAAACUACAACAAGAGCUGUCUAUUCAUGCUGUGUCAAGAACAAAGUCACAAGUGAAAGCCAACAUUUCUGUACAGAAUCUGUUUGACUGGUAGCACGAGGUUGUAAAAAACAAAAAUGUCAUUGCCCACUGUGAGUUCACAGCACAUACUGCAGUCAAAAUCAUACACAACCUGUUGAGAUGUCAUGGUUGUAUUAACAUUGCAUUCUCUUUAUAUCGGAUUUGAUUUUAAUUACUAAUAAGAAAAAAAAUUAGCAUCACAAACAUAGUGUUUAUUGUUUUUUUUAUUGAUGGUAUCACUCAAAAUCUAAAGAAAUACUGUCACACAUAACGUCUUCAGAUGGAUAAAUGGUGAUUUAAUUAAUUAUUUCCCCCUUUGAAGCAUGCUUGUGUGUGAAUUGCAUUGGUUGGAGGGUUGGUAAUAUCACUGUAAACAUCCUUGAAUUUCCAGAAUAUAAGUGGGAACCCAGAGUCCUGGCCAACAUUAUAGAGUUCAGUGGGAAAUACUUAAAUAUUCAUGCCCGAAAUUAAACUAUAUUAAGACUUUGACCCAUGCUUAAACAAAAGAUCAUACACUACAUUUAAUCAAAUUAGGAUUUGCUUAACAGGCAUAAUAUAGUGUCAUGUGACAGAAAUUUGGCUUUAGAUCAGCAGAGCUUUUAUUACCAUCCAGUAUAAAACACAGGACCGCAAUUUAAACCUUGGAAUGUAAUGCUUUUAUUGUGAAAUGUGUGUUUGUAAUUUGCAGUUAUACCUAGCAGGGUGUGAUUAGGGCAAGUAUAACGGAGACGGAUAGACAUAAAUUCACAUCAAAACAAUUCUUUUUAGAACCAUUACCCCUGUCUUUUAUGUUCAUGGACAAUAUCAUCUUGAAAGUGGCCUUCUGUUGUUUUGAUCUCUUUCCUCUCUGCAUCAUGUUUAAUUUAACCAGUUUCUGUUCAAAGAGAAAACAGAACAGUGAUCACAAUUUAUGAAGCAGUUGGAAAUGAUAUUUUUCUACAUGUGAUUCUGAAUCAGAUUUAGCGUUCUUUGGUCUAAAUAAAGUAUGUGAACUUUUGAAAUGUGA